CGUAACUGGGUCGUACGCGGCUGAUAUGAAUAAGCGAGGAAAAAUCACAUCAUUUACUCUGACCAAUUUGUUCUCGUUUUGUUCAAGUUUGUCGCGUAUUGUGUUCUGUCAAGGGUAUUCAGAAGCGCGGAACAUUAAUUGUUAAAAUGUGCGCAGCUGUUUCUCCGAAAGUUAGGGCUAUUGUUGACCGAAUUAUCCGUGUUGAUCAUGCUGGAGAGCUUGGUGCUAACAAGAUUUAUCAGGGGCAGUUACUUGUCCUCGGAAAAUCUAGCGUUGGACCUAAAAUUAAGGAAAUGCGUGAACAAGAAGAGGAACAUCUUAAAAAAUUUGAAGAACUGAUUCCUAUACACAGAGUGAGGCCUACAUUGCUUCUACCUCUAUGGAGUGUUGCUGGUUUCGCAUUAGGAGUGGGAAGUGCACUUUUAGGAUCAAAAAGUGCUAUGGCAUGUACUGUUGCUGUUGAGUCUGUGAUAUCCGAACACUACAAUAAUCAAAUUCGCGAACUUAUGGAAUCUGAUCCUGAAAAUUACCAAGAAUUACUGAAGACAUUGAAAAAGUUCCGUGAUGAUGAAAUUGAACAUCAUGAUACGGGUAUUGAACACGAGGCAGAAAAGGUAAGUGAUUAAAGUUUUGUCUAUUGUAUUAUAUAAGUGAAUACUCUUGUAAUGCCAAUCGUGGUAAACGAAAGUGGAUUAGAACUGUUAUGAUUGACUUUAUUUAUUGAUAAUGCACUAUGUUCAGUUUAUCUAGUGAACGUUGUAGUCACACACACAAAUUAUAUGUGGCAGGUGCUCCUCAUCUAUAAAUUUGUGUUUUCAUUACACUUUCUGCGUAGACUUUUUUUGACUGCUUCCAGUAAAUUACCCAUUAUCAUCCUAUUAAACUGUGCCUUACUUUUGUAGGCGUUUGACUUUUGUUUAAGCUAGUCUAAUCCUCAUGCUUAUUUUGGAGCGAUGUUAUAACGCACCCUUAAAUACUCCAUUGUCAACGAGUGACACUAGAAUACGAGUAAAAACAAAGUAUAUCAGAUGCAGUAGUUCACAUGUACUAACAUAGAAUCAUGAAAAGGCAAUUUUAUUUACGUAGUUUUGAGAUCUGUCUAGAUAUGACUGAAGCGACAUUUAAUGCUACAGAUGACUAAGAACUCUGGUACUUCAUAAUAAAAUUUCAAUUCGAACUUUGGUGUCAGUGCCUAAAGAAAUAUAUUAGUUAUGUCAUCACGUGAACAUAGCAACUAACUGUCUCUACAAUAAACGUCGUUGCUAGGAUCAUCUAUAAGUUCAUUAUUAUUCUUUGGUUCAGUUAACGAAGUUUUCCCACUAGCUGACAGAUAAAAGGCUUGUAACAUAAACCACAGAAUAAACUGCCAGUACUCUGUCAACCUCUUAAUGCUAAUAUUCCACCGAGGUUGUAUUUCAGUUUAAAAUAAUAGUAUAUCGUCGUAAGUGUAGAACUUGGGCUCUGUGGAAGAAUGUAAUUCCCUAUUAGAUAAGUUUAUUUCAGAUAUCACAUAGUGAUGUAGUAUUAACGACUGGAUGAUGAAAUCACCCAUAGAUUUUUUGAUUUUAUUGACAAUAGUGUCCGCGGAUUUUUUAAAAAAUUUUCUCAUAUGGUCCUGUUUCGGUACUUUGACUGACCUUGUUUAUGUGGUCUAACUUGUCCAUGAGUACAUUUGCACUGCCCUUGUCAUAUUUUGUUUCUGUCGUUCUUCAAGUCUUUUAGAGCUGCUAUUUCUUUUCUUCUGGUGUUUCAAUGCCAAUGCACAUUGUGCUCUGACUGGUUUUGCACUGGUUUCGUCUACUUCGCUUAAUACCACCCUUAUACUAGGAAUGACGUCUUCAGGUUUUAAUCUGUUAACAGCUAUAUUGAAGUUUAAUCCCUUUUCAAGUACUUAUAUUUCAUCAGAAAUACUGCAUCACUGUGUGUUAUUUAAAAUGAACUUAUCUAAUAUGAAAUGAUACAUUGUCAUUGAAUCACAUAAUUAUUUUCUUAUUUUUUAUCGUACUGUUAUUAUCAUUAUUCAGUGUAACUCUGCCGUAAGAAAAUGAAGUAUUUGGUACAUCAUUUAAUUAUUCAAGAACUUAGAGAACAUAAUUUUGUUUACUAAAUUUCAUUUGUGAGAAGCAAACAAAACUAUAUUGGACCGAAGUUCACUACUAAAGUCGUUCCCAUUUUACAGGCACUGGAUAGUAGACACUGGCAUAUGGCACACCAUAUUUCUUACCCUGAAAUCUAGACUUGUAGUUCGUUGAAUUCUAGGUAUUGUAAAGAGAGGGUAUCGGGAAAGUAUAUUAUCUCAAUCUAGAAACUCAGUCUAGUAUUACCUAGUCGCCGAGCUCAUCUUUAUGCAUUUUGCUGUGAAUCACACAGUUUGCUUGAGGGUUGAAUAUGAUAUGUAGCUGCCCCAAGUUUGAUGCUGGAGUGCUCAUUAUGUAAAAUCGACUGUUCACCCUGAUAAGUAGCUUCGCCCAUGUAAGAACUUAUGGUAAGCUAACUGAUUUUGCAAUAGUCAUCGGUAUCUUUGUAGGAUUCACCGCUUAGGUCAUUAUUGAAUAGUAUACAGACGUAGUGUAAACAUACUGAAAAAAAAAUGAAAACUCACAUAAGAGCCGUGAGUAAAAAUCUGAGUAUAUUCAACAUCCAUUUUCCACCUGUUGAAUGGAAUACGAUGCUUCGGGACUGGUUUGGGAAUAGGAAGUUCAUGUUAAAGACACUAUAAAAUUGUUGCCUUGUCUGAUGAUAAACUUUGUGCGACCUAAGUGUGACUCCAAUUACAUGUAAAGAUAAUUAUUCACUGAUUCAAUUCAAGUGUUUCAUAGUGAUAUGUAUAAUGUGAUUGUUAGUACGUGAGUAAACAAACAGGUCAAAUUGUUCGCUAAUUUACUUCUCAUUAUCUCUCUUAUGAAACCACUUUGAUUUCCUUUUGUGUAUUAUUCUAAAACAAUACUACUUGUCUAAGUUAAGCCGGCGAAAGUAAUACUAAAUCGGUUUGUAGCAAAGUUGUGCAUAUCCUCAGGUGAAAUUAAUCGUUCAAAUGCGAUUAAAACGACAAAACUAAUUUCUUGUUUUCUAUCACAUCCAGACACAAAAAGAUUUCUGCAGAGUCCAUAUUGUUCUUAUUUCACACUGUAAAAAAUUCUACUAAAAGGGUUAGAAUUCUGUAGUCUAAAAUGUCGCUCUGUUGUAUCACCAGAUGGUUGAAGUAUAUCUAUAUCUAUUUCAAAUCCAACAUUCUGACAUAUUAGUUGUCGUGUGAUGAUUAAUUUCUUUACAUUUUAUCAUCCAUAUUAAGCCUAGCCUCCUUAGUUAUUGUAUUUCGUGUACCAUCUAAUGAGGCAAUAAUCGUAAAUUAUUUUAAAAAAAGUAAUUAAAUUUGGUAUUUAAUUUUCAAUAAGCGUUGUUUCUUUUCCUUGUUUUCCACUUAGGCUCCUUUCUACAAAAUUAUGU